GGCCGGGGCCAGGGCCGGGCUGGGCGCCGCCAUGCGGGAGCCGAGCGUGCGCGCGGCGGCGCUCGUGCUGUGCAUCCUGUCCUACCUGCUGGUGGGCGCCGCCGUCUUCGACGCGCUCGAGUCCGAGGCGGAGAGCGGCCGGCAGCGGCUGCUGGCCCGGAAGCGCGGCGAGCUGCGGCGCAAGUACGGCUUCUCGGCCGAGGACGACCACGAGCUGGAGCGCCUGGCGCUGCAGGCCGAGCCGCACCGUGCUGGGCGCCGGUGGAAGUUCGCCGGCUCCUUCUACUUCGCCAUCACCGUCAUCACCACCAUCGGGUACGGCCAUGCCGCGCCAGGCACGGACUCGGGCAAGGUCUUCUGCAUGUUCUAUGCGCUCCUGGGCAUCCCCCUGACGCUGGUCACCUUCCAGAGCCUGGGCGAGCGGCUGAACGCGCUGGUGCGGCGCCUCCUGCUGGCGGCGAAGCGCUGCCUGGGCCUGCGGCGGCCGCGCGUGUCCACCGAGAACAUGGUGGUGGCCGGGCUGCUGGUGUGCGCGGCCACCCUGGCCCUCGGGGCCGCCGCCUUCGCGCACUUCGAGGGCUGGACCUUCUUCCACGCCUACUACUACUGCUUCAUCACCCUCACCACCAUCGGUUUUGGCGACUUCGUGGCGCUGCAGAGGGACGAGGCGCUGCAGAGGAAGCCGCCCUACGUGGCUUUCAGCUUCCUCUACAUCCUCUUGGGGCUCACGGUCAUCGGCGCCUUCCUCAACCUUGUGGUCCUGCGCUUCCUCGCCGCCAGCACCGGCGCGCUCGAGCGCGCUGCCCGCCGCGCCGGCCCGCUCCGCCUGGGGGCGCCCGAGAGCCGCGGCCGCUGCCCGGCCCGCCGCCCCGCCCGCCCCGGGGGCCCCGCCUCGGUCUCCCACCGCGUCCACCAGCUGGAGGUGUGGGCCCGCGACAAUCUGGGCUUCUCGCCCCCCGCGAGCCCGAGGGCUGUGGGCGGCGGCAGGGCAGGCGGGCCUCUGGCCCGGCGGAAGUCCAUCUAACAGCCUCCCCCGCCGGGGGUGGGUCCCGGACUCGGAGGGUCCGGGUUCACCUAUCAGUGCACCCUCCGCAGAGCUUGGGGAGGGGGGAGGGGCCGUGGCCUCAGGCCGUCUUCUGCCACGAGCAGUUUCUCAUUCCCUUCUGUGGCGAGCCCCUCCCUCCUCUCCAAAAACAUAUUAAACUCGCAUCAGAAGCACAACGCUACUCUAAAAUCACCCUGUAGGUGCAAGUCCCUUGUAGCCCACAUUGAGGAAGGCGUGGCCCCAUCGGUCACCUGAGAGAGGCCUCCACAGGCCCCUGUCACUACCUGGCCCUCCGGAGCACAAACAGGUGGCUGUUCCUCUGUUGUGCGAAGACGCUGGCUUUCCGGGUUGUAGGGGAUGUGGACGACUUUCAACACGGGAAUCCCACCGGUGAGGCCAGCUGUUCACACUAUGUGCAGCACAGGGAUCAGAUGGACUGAAGGAAAAGGUCUCCCGUCCAGUGUAGACGAGUGGGCACAUCUCUGCCCUGUUUAAAUGGUGGCUCGUUCUUUGCUCAGUGUGUAGAGAGGAGCUGGCCUGUGUGUAAAUGAAGUACACCUCCCUUGUCCCCCUAAGCUGAGGCUCUUUGUCCUUGGCCAGCCCCCCUUCAGCAUGAGGGGGGCCUUGCUGACACCCACCAUGUCACUGGGGCCACCUAGAUGCACUCAAAUCCUGUGGGACAAGCUAUCUUCCCGGAGCUGUGUGAUCUGGGGCCUGCCAAUCACCCACAAUAUGACCUUGGGGAAUCUCAUCCCCUACCUGGGCCUCAGUUUCCACAUCUGUAAAAUGACUGGGUUCACUCAGAAUUCUGUUCCCUCCUGUGCACCUCUGGAAUGGUUCCUGGGACAGGCCCCU